GAAAAGGAAAUAAAAAAAUUAUAAAAAAAAGGUCAGAGUAGGGCAACGACUAUAUAAAUAGCACUCCAACUUCGUCGAAGCAGCCUCUCGCAGUUUUCUCCCCCCACGAUUCGGCCAAUCUCUUGUUCUUCGGUCUCCCUCCAGAAUCUCGAGGCGAGUCCAGUGCAGGAAACAUUGUUUUAGUAUAGCAUGGCGGAUCAGCAAGAUUUCCCAACUAUUGCUCAGAAGGUUGCUAGCCAGCUGCAUCUUAGCUCUAGCCUCCCUCAGGGUAGCUUCCACAGGCCGUCAGUGUAUCAGAGGAGAUUUGCCUAUGGAAAUUACACAAAUGCAGCAUUACAGUAUCCAGGGACUUGCAAGGCUAGUCAAGAUCUUUCAUUGAUCUCUGCAAAUGCUUCUCCUGUGUUCGUCUCUGCUCCUACAGAGAAAGGCCUUGCUGGAUUUGCUAUUGACUUUCUUAUGGGUGGAGUUUCAGCUGCUGUGUCAAAAACAGCUGCUGCCCCCAUUGAGCGAGUCAAGCUUUUGAUCCAAAAUCAGGAUGAAAUGAUUAAAACUGGCAGGCUUUCUGAACCUUACAAGGGAAUUGGAGACUGCUUCGGGAGAACUAUUAAGGAGGAAGGGUUUGUCUCCUUGUGGAGAGGAAACACUGCCAAUGUCAUCCGCUACUUCCCCACUCAGGCCUUGAACUUUGCAUUCAAGGAUUACUUCAAGAGGCUCUUCAACUUCAAGAAAGACCGUGAUGGCUACUGGAAAUGGUUUGCAGGAAAUCUUGCAUCAGGUGGUGCUGCUGGUGCUUCCUCACUUCUAUUUGUCUACUCCUUGGAUUAUGCUCGUACCCGUCUCGCAAAUGAUGCCAAGGCUGCCAAAAAGGGCGGUGAGAGGCAAUUCAAUGGUCUCAUUGAUGUAUACAGAAAGACACUGAAAUCCGAUGGCAUUGCUGGACUCUACCGUGGGUUCAACAUCUCAUGCGUUGGUAUUAUUGUCUACCGUGGCUUGUACUUUGGAAUGUACGAUUCCUUGAAGCCUGUGGUCCUAACCGGAUCCUUGCAGGAUAGCUUCUUUGCUAGCUUUGCCCUCGGUUGGCUCAUCACCAACGGGGCCGGGCUCGCCUCGUACCCAAUUGACACAGUUCGUAGAAGAAUGAUGAUGACAUCUGGGGAAGCAGUGAAGUACAAGAGCUCGUUCGAUGCUUUUUCUCAAAUCCUGAAAAACGAGGGUGCUAAAUCUUUGUUCAAGGGUGCUGGUGCCAAUAUUCUUCGUGCCAUAGCAGGUGCUGGUGUGCUGGCCGGGUACGACAAGCUUCAGCUGAUUGUUUUCGGUAAGAAAUAUGGAUCUGGCGGGGCUUAAGUAAGUAAGCUUUGCCCCCCAUAUUAUUCUUGUUUUUAUCCUUCCCUUUCAUAGAUGGCGAUGAAAAAUCUCUAAUCAUUAGUUUUUGCGGAUUUUAUCGAAAGGCUAAAACCCUGAGGUUAAUCGGAAUGAUGAUGGUAAUAAUUUAAUUUGAGGGAUUGAAACUCAAACGAUGAUGUUAUUUUUCCCUUUAAGGGGAUAAUGUUUUUGUUGGUGAUAAGGUGAAAUUAUGAAUAUUAUUAUUGCUA